AUGGAUGAGCCAAAGAAAGACAAAUUGGAGAACGGAGGUGAGCUAGUGAGACCCGAGAGACCCAACUCGUUGACGGCCGGCAAGCUUCCGAGGCGGAUAUGCUAUCAAGGGGACGCGGGUGGGUACGGCGGUGGCAGCGAGGUAACAGAUGGCAGUUCGGAGGAGCAACUGAUGCUAUCCGAAUUGCCAGAGCCGCCCAUCGCUCUAUCGGAGAUAGGACCUAUCCCGCCGCCGCCGAUGUUCAGCUCGCCCAGUCCCACGCGUCACCACCAUCAACAUCAACACCAACACCAACAUCAACAUCCUUUGUCACAUAACUUAUGUGAUUCGGAAGAUGAAGAUGACCAAGACGACGACGAUAUAGACCCUCAGAUGGGGGCGGAUACGUCGCGCGUUGAAGAAAUCCCACCGAAGGAGCCAAUAUUCAACGCGGUGCCGCUGAAAUCCGCUCUGAAGAAGAGACCAGCGCCCAACGCCUCUCCGAACCCUACGCCCAUCACGACACCGCUAGCGCCCAGACAAGAUCACCAUCACGCCAGCUUCAACAGCGUGCGGCCAGUUCGUGUCGGGAACGCGUUGGAAAAUAAAGAAAACGCGCGCCCAUGGGAAGGCGAACAUCGCGAAGACUAUGCGAACGAGUCAGAUCGAGUUGCAGCGAAGCUCGCGAGAAAGGAGAGCCUCAAUAUCAAACUGGCGCUUCGCCCCGACAGACAGGAGCUUAUUAAUAGGAAUAUACUGGUGGUGCAAAGUGAGCACGAGCGGCAGGAGUCGUGGGAGGCGAUAGGCGCGCGGCUCAUCCGCCGUCUGUCCAUGCGGCCGACUGCUGAAGAACUGGUCGAACGGAACAUCCUCAAAAGCCAGUCGCCGGCGGAGGAGAAGAAGCAAAAGGAAGAGAAGAAGCGAUAUCUCCUGCGUAAGCUCAGUUUUCGUCCCACCGUCGACGAGCUCAAAGAAAAGAAAAUCAUCCGGUUCAGCGACUACAUUGAAGUCACUCAAGCGCACGAUUAUGAUCGGCGAGCGGACAAGCCGUGGACGCGGUUGACUCCACGCGACAAAGCGGCUAUCCGUCGCGAGCUCAACGAAUUCAAGAGCUCCGAAAUGGCCGUACACGAGGAGAGCAAACAUCUUACUAGGUUUCAUAGACCAUGA